AUGCUCCUGCGACCACCCGCAGUGACGCCGGCGCCGCCCAUCGCCGGCGCAAGCCGCCAGCGGAGCCAGAAGCAGUCAAACAAGCUGCGCCAGAAGCGAAUGGCGCACCCUCGGCGGUCGAAGCGCGAUGCGAUGGCGCGACGCGGAAUCAAGCCGCAGCAGCCGCUGCCCGACUGGAAGUGGGGGAUCUUUGCGCGCGACGAGGUUGCGGUGUAUCACGGGAAGCGCAAGAUGGGGCAGGGGAAGGUGCUGCGCGUCGACCACGCGCGGAGUCGCGUGUGGGUCGAGGGAAUCAAGCUGCGAGAGUUUGCGACGGAGGAGUCGGCCAACGACCCGGACCCUUCUCGGCCUCUCGAGUACGAGCUGCGGGAGGACUCGGUGCACUACUCGCAGUGCAACCUGAUCGACCCGGUAGACGGUCGCCGCACCCGACUCCGAUGGCGCUACUUGCCCGACGGGAGGCGCGUGCGCGUCGCCGUGCGGUCGGGCGCGCUGCUACCGCGCGUCCCGCCGCCGCCGCCCGACGAGCCUCGCGAGUUCCCAAGGUGGUCAGAGCGGCUGACGACGCCGCGUGACGCCGUACUCGAGCGCACCAACAUCGCGCCGCAGUGGGCAAAGCAGCGGGUCUAA